UCUCUCUCUCUCUCUCUCUCUCCGCGGUGAGGCGGUACUGUUCUGUCUCAGUGUUUUCUCUGCUGCUCGGUAGUGAAAGUGUGGUUGCGGAUUCUGCGAUAAGACCGGGGAGAGAAGCUGCAGCUGGAGCGCGAGCUUCCGAGUCACGGGGUUCCUGGACUCACAUAUUAUCUGGGGAGAGAGAGAGAGAGAGAGAGAGAGGAAAGAGAGAGAGACCUAGAGGAAGGAAAGCACAUCUGUUAAACACAUCAAGUCAGAAGUCUCAGCAGGAUCUCUGUGUUUUCCGUUGAGGAGAAAUGAUCUGGAGCGCAGUUUGUCGGCCUAUCAUUAGGCCACAGGGCCUCGCGCUGAGGAAUGGAUAGCCUCGCCGCUAACGCUACUGCCUUAAGGAUGGGACACAGCUAAUGGAAAUCAUUUAUUCUUUGGCCUGAACAUCAGCAGAAGCAGCAGCAUUUGAUGUAACCGCUUUAUUGCUGUAAGUCUCAGCAAAAGUAGUGUUUGUUAGCCGUUGUGUCGGAUCGGGACCGAUUCCUCUUUUUUUUUUUUGUUAAUUCAUUGAUUUCUAUAGAAGAUGGCGGCGACCUAUCGGAUUGUGGUCAGCAGUAUAAACUAUUAUAACAGUGUCGUAGUGGACCGACGUGUUCAGCAGACCGUGCAUUACUGUAACGGACCAUGUGGAGCGAUAAAACAUGGACUUAGCUGCACUGUGGCUCAUCGUAGUACCUGUGCUGAACUGUUGGAUUCCUCCCAGACGUACACUGACCGGCCAAUCGGCUACCACGAAUCUGCAUCGAAAAUGCUUGAAAAUGGUGGAUGCGGUCAUGUUGGAUUUGGUGAGGAUUUCCAUUAUCAGGUCGUUCCACGAGUGAAGAAAGGAUCUGCUAUCCAGAGCUCGACGAGCCUGAAGGAUAUCACCGGAGAGGCGAUCAACUUGGCCAGCGGGAAGAUGAAGGAGUUCUCCUUCGAGAAGGUGAAGUACUCCUCUAGUCAUGUGACCUUCAGGAAAGGUAGAAAGGUAAGGCCUGACUCGUUUAGCCGGAGGUCUGCCGACCUCGACGUCAUCUACGGACACUUCGGCAACGAUGAAAACUGUCCUCCACAGAAAGCGGCAUCGGAUGAGCAGAAGUUGAACCGAAGCAUCUCACUAGAGCAGAAUCUGAACAAUGCAGCCUCAUUUUAUCUCAACAACCUCACAGAGGAGAACCUCAUUGCCCGGAUUCUCGAGAAGACCAAAACAGACAGCAAUGCUUCUGGGGAAGACAUCAAAGCUUGUUUGGACAUCCUGCUCAAGUGCUCGGAGGAUCUGAAGAAGUGCACAGACAUUAUAAAGCAGUGCAUAAAGAGGAAGUCCAUGAGCGGAGACGGUGAGGAUUCUGGAAAUCCGGAUGCUAUUUACAAAACCAUGAUGGCGCGACUCUCAAGCUACCUAAAGAGGCUGCCGUUUGAGAUUGACCUUGGACAUACAGGAAGACCAGAGCACAACGAUCUAUCUGAACUGGUGAACACUCUCCAUGGACUUCAGCAAAGGCCUUUCUCACCUUUUGGCAAUGAGCAGCCUCCUCGAUAUGAGGAUGUGGUCCAGUCCCCUCCAUCAACAAAAGUCCAGUCUAAAGCCUCAUCUUGCUCAUCUCCAGAGUCUCUUGAUGGCACCAGGGAUCUCCCAGGAAGUUUAACAUCAGCUCAAGGCCUCGCUGUAUCACUCCCUUCCCAUUCAUCUGCAAAUGGACUGCAGUAUUCCAACCUUCCCUCUUCCACUGGCAGCGCCAAACCGUCCACCCUUCAUUAUCCCAUCUCCACUGGCCGCCAUGAUGCCGCCUCCUCCACGAACAGCAUAUCCAAAGACACCUCGAUGGAGACCCUGUACAUCGAGGAGGACGCUGACGUAGGUCGAGCACUGGAAAGGAAGCAGGGAUCUAGUGCUUCAGAGUCCAGGCAGCUUUCAAGGAGACAUGACAUAAUGUCAGGUCCCAGUGCUGGCAUCACUGACAAACUUCCUGAUCUCAGUAGAAAUGGAACUGUAUAUACACCCAACGUGGAGACAGGAAGUAGCCAAGCUUAUACACCAUCACACAGCACCGAGUCAAGGAUGCUCACAAAUUCGACUCCACACAUCACCAGGGAAGGUGUAGAUGAGAUUGAUAAACUACUAAUGGAUUUGGAGUGUCUCUCUCAGAACAUUCAGAAGGAACCACCACUACCACCAAAGCAGAGACAGAUAAAUGCAUACCAAAAAAAUAUGCACCAGAUUGGCUCCUCAGGGAUUAACGGCCCCCCUUGUCCGAAUCCUCCUGCCAUCUCCUCCGCCAAGCCAACAAAUCGCAACACGGAAGAAGCCGGCGAGGAGGACGAUGGCGCUCUCUUGCUACGGAUCCUGGAGAGCAUCGAGAGCUUCGCCCAGGAGCUGGUGGAUUGUGGAGCUGGAACAGGAACUCAAUCAAAAGAGUGUGAGGUGAUGCGCCUCCUUCAAGACACAUUGGCUAAGACUGAACUGGCUUCAGAAAUUGUUCCUGCACCUGAAACGGCACCAGGACUUUCACCUGCAGCUACACCUAUAGCUUCAGCUACACCUGUACCUGUAGCUGUACCCUCAGCAACUCCUGCUAAAGUCUUGAGUCCGUUCAUCAGUGCGAGAGACACGGGAUCUACUAUACUCAUCCAGCAGACGCCAGAAGUCAUCAGGAUCCAGCCGGAGAAGAAACCCGUCUCUCCUCCUCCUCCUCCCAUCCCUCGUUCUCCUUCUCCUCCCCCACCUGCCCCCCCUCCUCCCUCCAUUAACAUUCCACGCUUUUAUUUUCCCACGGGUCUCCCAAACCUCAUCGUUAAUAUCGACGAGGCCAUAGCGAAAGUCGAGGCGGCCUUCGCCAAGCUGCAGGAGGAAAAGGCCGACAUCUACGAGAUGGGCAAGAUCGCCAAGGCAUGCGGGUGUCCGCUGUACUGGAAGGCCCCAAUGUUUAACUGUGCAGGAGGAGAGAGGACUGGCUUCGUCUCCGUCCAUUCAUUUAUCGCCACAUGGCGAAAGUUGUUACACAGCUGCUAUGAUGAUGCGUCCAAGUUUGUUUACUUGCUGGCCAAGCCGGGCUGCACGUACCUGGAACAGGAAGACUUCAUCCCCCUCUUACAGGACAUCGUGGACACUCAUCCGGGUCUGACAUUUUUAAAAGAUGCUCCUGAAUUCCAUUCCCGCUACAUCACCACCGUGAUCCAGAGGAUAUUUUACACAGUGAAUCGCUCGUGGACAGGCAGGAUCACCAUGACGGAGCUCAGGAGAAGCAACUUCCUGCAGACUCUGGCCCUGUUGGAGGAGGAGGACGACAUUAAUCAGAUCACUGAUUAUUUCUCUUAUGAACACUUCUAUGUCAUUUAUUGUAAGUUCUGGGAGUUGGACACCGACCACGACCUCUUCAUCGACCCCAAAGAUCUCUCCCGCUACAACGACCACGCUUCAUCCAGCAGGAUCAUCGAGAGGCUUUUCUCAGGAGCUGUCACUCGGGGAAACUCUGUGCAGAGAGAAGGACGUAUGAGUUAUGCUGAGUUUGUGUGGUUCCUCAUCUCAGAAGAGGACAAGAAGAACCCGACAAGUGUGGAGUACUGGUUCCGCUGUAUGGAUAUGGAUGGCGAUGGCGUUCUCUCCAUGUAUGAGCUGGAAUAUUUCUAUGAGGAACAGUGUGAGCGGAUGGAGGGGAUGGGAAUAGAACCGCUGCCCUUCCAAGAUCUGCUGUGCCAGAUGCUUGAUCUCGUCAAACCAGAGAGUCAAGGUAAGAUCACUCUGCGUGAUCUGAAGCGCUGCAGGAUGGCCCACAUCUUCUUCGACACGUUCUUUAACCUGGAUAAAUACCUGGACCAUGAGCAGAAAGACCCGUUCUCCGUUCAGAAGGAUGUGGACAGUGAGGGUCCGGAGCCCUCAGACUGGGAUAAGUACGCAUCAGAGGAAUACGAGAUCCUGGUAGCGGAGGAGACUGUCAGUGAGCAGCUGCAUGACGGGUCUUUUGAGGAUGACUACGAGUGUGAGGAGCUUCCUAUUACAUCUGAGAUCGGAAACAAAAUGGACAAACUGGUGAUCUCCGAUCUGUCCCCAUGAUCGACUUGAAGCUCGCUCACAGAGCAAAUAGACACUUUUCUACAGUGCACAAACGGACUUUGUGUGUGUGUGUGUGUGUGUGUGUGUGAGAGAGAGAGAGAUCGUAAACUCCCACGAAUGCUUCGUGUUCAGUAUGUCUUAACCAUUAUCACAAACAAACCCCACUCCUCGUGAUCUGAAUUAAACGUCCGGCUGG